UCCUUUCUCCUCCUUCUUCUUUUGGACAAUAAAGAUAAAAAUAGCUUGCCAUCAUGAAGAACACAAUAAGAUGUUGCAUAUCUUGCAUACUACCAUGUGGGGCACUUGAUGUGAUUCGAAUAGUUCAUGCUAAUGGCAAAGUUGAAGAGAUUAGUGGAAGUGUUAAAGCAGCUGAAAUCAUGAAGAUUUACCCUAAACAUGUUCUUAAAAAACCAUCAUCAUCUUAUUAUUCCUCAGAAGGAGGAGGAGUUUGUCCGAAAAUCGUCGUAGUUCCUCCUGAUGCUGAACUUAAACGUGGCAAGAUUUAUUUCCUCAUGCCACUUCCUACUCCUUCAAGUGAAAAAAAUCGUUCAAAAUCAUCAACAACAAGAAAGAAGAAAACAAGAUCUUCAUCUUCAUCAUCAUCAUCAUCAUCAUCAUCAUCACAAGGUCGUCAUAGUAAUGCGAAUAGUAAUAAUAGUAUAAAUGGUAAUAGUAAAAAUAUGAUGGUGUCUAAUGAUCAAUAUUUAAGUGAAAUCUUGUCUGAGAAAGUCUCAACACAAAGAGAUAGAAGAAGAGGAAGAGUUGGAGUUUGGAGGCCUCAUUUAGAGAGCAUUUCUGAGGCUGCAAUUCAUGAAGCAUAAUUAAAUCUCAAUUCGAGUUUGUUAUUAAAAUUUUUUUGUCAAGAAUUUUCUUCACUAAGGUAAAUGUUCUCAAGGAAAGUUUGAAAUUUUUCUUCUAUUUUUUUUUUUCGGUUUGUAAAUACGCAUAGAUUGAAGAAAACAAUAAUAUGCCCCAAAAAAGAAAGUUGUAUUAUUGUUUGAAUUUUGCUACUUAAUAAUUUGAUUAAUUACUA